AGUUAUAAAAAUAGGUGUUAAUGUUUGUGUCUUAAUUGAAUCAUCAAUUACAGAUAUGGUACAUAUUACUUAUACAGCUAAAUGUUUGUUUUCUAUGUUUACUUGUAAUGUCAUUUGUUUUACAAUUAUUAUUCACAAGGUAAAUCUUACCGAUCAUUAAUCUAACAGUUUCGGGAUUAAAAGGACUCCAGGUUCCAUUAGAAAGGGCGGAUCCAAGUUCAUCUGCAUUAAUAAACCCACUUCUGUCUCUAUCAACUCUAAAAUUAUUUAAAUAAGGUAAAUUUUGAAACAAAUUGAAAUUCUCAAAACUCCAACCUUUGAAAUACGUCCCAAAGAAAUUGCCUACUAGGCAUUGGAGAAGCAAACUGAUUCAUUUUGAACUUGUACUUGAUAUAAACUGGUCACUAUUAAAAGUAUGAGAUUACUUUUAUAUAUACGGGCUUUAUGUCUUGAUUGCACAACUUGUUAAUAAUCCAAAAAAUAUAUCUAGAGUUUCACAGAACACCAAUAACCAAUACGUCUUGCAAAACAUCACCUGUCGCUGAGUCAGUACUGUCAAAAGAUGUGACGUCAAAAAGAAGAUAAGCCACGUUAUGUUAUAUUUGUUAUACGCAGUAUUAGUGGUGACGUCACAAUUUGUAACUGUAUCUAAACAAACAUAUCGUCCAUUUAGAUACAAUAGCUGUGAUUUUAGAUCAGUUAUUAUUUCCUUAUAUUUGAAAAAAAAAUAAAUUAUUUUAACUUGUAUACAUUCACUAGGACGUUUACUAAAGUAUAUAUUCGACUCCAAGCAAAACAGGUACGUUUUACCAUAUAAUUUGAAUAAAAAGAUAAAACUAACCUAACCUCACUAUUGUAAUUUUGUUAAAUAUAAUUGUUUUAGAUAAAAUGUACAGUUUGAACUUUUAUUUUACGAAAUCAAGUCGUUGUGAAUGAAAUCAACCUUCCUAAAUAAUUUCACGGUAUACUUAAGAAAAUUAUAAAAUUUCUGAAAAAUGUGAUUUGUUAUACCUACUAAAAUAUCUGAUGAGUUUUCAUGAAUUUCUAUUUAUAAGUGGAAUUAUUCAGAAACAGUUAGUUUCGUUUACAAAAAUAACAAUUGUUCUAAUUCUUUUCUCAUGUUUUAUAUCUAAUUUUAGCGUUUUUCAUCUAAAUAAUAAUGGUGCAGUGUUGGGCACCUGGCUGUAAGCAUUACAAUGUCAGAGAGCGUUGUAAGUUUUAUAGAUUUCCAAAGGAUCCAAAAGUAAGAAGCAAAUGGAUAAAGCUAACAAGAAGAACAACAGAACCAGGUCCCGGAGCUUUUUUGUGUAGUUGUCAUUUUGUAGAUGGAAAAGAAGAAAAUGGGCCAACCAUUUUUUUACACAAUGAAGGAAAAAUGUUUAACGACCAAUAUCCCCAGAAAAAGAAAAGACCACUUCAAGAUGGGUUGGAAUUGCAAAUUGAACCACAAGCAUCUACGUCAAAAGAAACAGACGACUUCUCUCAAAGCAACCAUGUUAUGACAGAAGCAGAAAACUACUUCUUACAACAAAGUCUAGAAAAAGCUACAGGUAGUCUCUCUCACUUAUCAGAAACAUUCUCCUUUGAUCAUAUUAGGAGUGAUAAUAACUUGGUCAUUUUAUAUACUGGUUUGCCUACAACAGAUGUAUUCAUGGCUCUGUAUCAUUUGUUGGAAAAAAAUGAAAUAAGAUAUUAUUUUAAAUGGAAGGUAGAAAAAAUGAGAAAAAUUGAUCAGCUGCUCAUGACUUUGAUGAAAUUGAAACAAAAUUUUCCACAUCAAGAUUUAGCAGUAAGGUUUAAUGUUUCACAAGGCACAGUCUCAAAUGUUGUAACAACAUGGGUGCAUGCCUUGCAUGAAAUUUUAUUCAAACAAUUCAUGUCUGAAAUACCAGAUAGAAGUAAAAAUCAGUUGUGCUUACUAAACUGUUUUAGUAGUUUCACAAAUUGUAGAAUUAUAAUAGAUUGUACGGAAGUUUAUACUUGUAUAAAUCGCCAAAGUAUGUCUUCCCAGAAGUUGACGUACAGCUCAUAUAAGCAUAGAAAUACAUGCAAAGGAUUAGUAGGUGUUGCACCAAAUGGUGUAGCUACAUUUUUAUCAUGUUUAUAUCCAGGUUCAACAUCAGACAAAAAAAUUGUCAAAGAUUGUGGAAUCUUAAAUCAACUUAAACCUGGAGACUUGGUAUUGGCAGAUAAAGGAUUCCUAAUUAAAGAUUUAAUGCUUCCCGGAGUUCAUAUUAACAUUCCCCCAUUUCUUACAACUCCUCAAUUCACUACAGAACAAGUUCAUCAAACUGAAUGCAUUGCUCGAGCAAGGAUUCAUGUGGAGCGUGCUAUAAGGAGAAUGAAGGUGUUCAAUAUAUUAAAUUUAAUUCCACAUUCUUUGUUACCACAUGCUGAUGCUGUGUUUCAGGUAGUAGGUGCUUUAACAAACUUGCAGUAUCCUUUAAUUAAAGAAGUUGGAUAACUUUAUUAUGAAGGGAUUUAAAAGAUUAAUCAUAUUGUUAGAUUUUGUAUAAAUAGUUUUUAAGUCUUAUGAACCUAUUUAACUUUUAAAACAUGUUUAUCUUUGCAUUGUAUCAACUUGUCUGUAAUAUAUACAUUGUUAUUUUAAA